GUGUUAUAAGUAUAACAUUAUUUAAUGUUACUGGGUUAAGAAUGAUAAUAGCCCUUCAAAAUUGUUAUAGUGCUAUUUUGAUAACAUAUCUUUACUGGAGUGAUAGUGAUUUGAAGAACUGAUUUCUGUAAAUUAAUGGUGAUUUGGGUGACUUUUGAAGCUGUGUUAUUUUCACUUUUAACUUCUGUUUGCUUGUGAAUGUGAAGUGUUAUAUAAGAUAUAGUAACAUCUCUAUAGUGUUGUGAAGAAUAACAUAAUUUAUUGUAACAAAGAUUAGAUUUUGGUGAAUUUAGGGUAGCAUUGUUUACAUCCGUUCGGUGUUCAUAAUACUUUAAUGGCUUUUAAAAGGAUAUAAUUAAGUUACCAGACCGUGAAUUUGGUCAAACGUUGGUGUUGAAUUAAUUUUUGAUUGUAGGUUCAAAUUUUCGUGACAGCAUUCAAGUGUGAACUAUCAAAUUUUGUUUUUGCGAGUUGGACUUUAUGUGAACUUUUUAUGCGAAAAGGAUGUUACAUUGAAAGACUAUAAUAAUUACUUUGAUGGAGUAAACAAAAAAGGAGAUCAUUUUCAUGGAAAUACAGAAAAAACAAGCCAGUUGGUUGUAUUAUGAAAGAAAGGAAAACCACAAGUAUAUCGCUGUACUGUGUUUCUUGUGACACUCGGCUGAUAAUUCAUUAAACGUUGACGUCAAAAGUUGUGUUAUGAUUAAUUAGAUAUAAUGAAAGUUUUGCAUCGAACACAACUUAACAUGUUAACUACUUCAAUUAUCUCGAUCGAGUGACUUACAAUAAUUCGGAUAAAACAAGGAGAUAUUUGUUAUUCAGAGUUGAAACAUUGUUUUAAGUUACACUGGUCAUUAAUUUCACCAUUACGGUUUUAAUCGUGUUAAUACUAUAACAAUUAAUUGCAGUGUUAUAACUUGAAACGUUUGCAAUUGCGUGCUGAUAUUUACAAGUGCAUUUGUAACUUGAUCGUUCACUACCGUGUAAUAUGUGUAGAGUUAAGAUGAUAUAAUAAGGAACUCGUGAAAAAUGCUAACUUAAUACUUCUUAUCUUGAGCAGGAACAUAAAUAUAGACUACAGUCAUUUGAAGUGGAUUUAGAUAAUAAAAUUUGAUGGGGAAUUUUUGUGUCAAAAAAUAUCUAUACCAGGAACAUUCUUUUGUUAACCUUUUCAUUUUAAAUGUGAUAUUUAAGUGUUUAUGAGAAAGCUUUAAAACAUUUAAAAAAUGGGUGAUUCAUAAAAAUAAGGAAGUAUUAAAAACACUUUGAUGGAAUUAAAUGACAGUUGAACAUAAGAUUUUUGUGUGUUAUUCAACAUGCAGUUUUCAUGAGGAUAAUACUGUUUUAAUAUCUUCAACUGAAUUUCAUUCUUCAAAGAAAAGAAGAAAUACUGAAACCGCAUAAUCUGAAUUCAAAAUCAUGUGUCAAGAACAAAAACUACUAUCUGUGGUUACGGAAUUGACAAUUUUGCCUUUUCUGUGCAAAAACUAAUUUAUGACAAUCAAGCAGUGUUGUUUCUGAUGUAUUUAAGUGUUGUUACAAGGUGAAGGUGACUUUUGCCAAUAUGAUCGGGUCCAUGUAUGUUAUUGUGGAGGAAAAUAAAUAUCAGCUCCAAAAAUAUGAUAGUGAUGGAGAGAUGGACAUGCCAGUCAAAAGGAGGGGUGACAGUAGGCGUGGCCAGCUAAGACACGCCUUCUCUGAGGCCUUACCAAAUGAAGAUCCAAGGAGGCGGAGUGCGACAAUGACAGAAGCCAAGGAGUAUGCAUACAGCCGGCUGCAACAGGAGCUUAAUAAUGCCCAGUCGGAGCUGAAAUUAAAAGAUGAGGAGUGUGAAAAGCUUCUGAAAGUCCGUGAUCAGAUUGGAGAGGAGCUUGAGGAGUUGACUGCAAGUCUUUUUGAGGAAGCAAAUAGAAUGGUCCAGGAUGCAAAUAUUAAGAGAAUGCAUACGGAAAAACUGCUUGCUGAGGCCAAUCAUCAGGUUGAAGUAUUACAAGCGGAAGUGAUUGCCCUCAAGCAGCUUGUUUUGACCUCAACGCCCAGCACCCCAAACAAACACCUACAUCCGCAGAUUUCAAAAGGGGACACGCCAAAAGAGAAAGAGAAAAAGAAGGAAAAGGGGCUUACACCUUUCUGGAAGACUCAUCGCAGGUCGACGAGUCACCACCAGUUCACUCAGGAAGAUCGCGUCAUGGCCGAGGCUCAACAUGAGGCUAUGUCGGACCGAUGUUCAGAGGUCGAUGAUGUUUGUUUCGAGGAGUUUAAAAGCUGGCGACACAGUCCAUCAUUGUCCCGCAACUGUCCUUUCAUAGCUCGCAUUGCUGCUGAAGAUAUCUGUACCUGCCUCAAUUUUACAAAUACUCAUUUGGCAGAAAGAGUAUUAACCUGUGUUGAAAACAACUCACUGGCCAUCGAACCAAUUCCAGGAGACACUCCAUACAUGGGGAAGUGUGAACUAUCUCAGGUCCCAAAGGUGUGCAAAUAUAAAGUGAAACUUGGGGAAGACAAUACUUGGAACUGUAUAUCGCAGCACUGUAGAAAUAGGAUAACAGCUGUUUGUGACUUCUUCAUGUAUGUCAGAUAUAUACAGCAAGGUUUGGUUAAAAGUGCAGAUAAGGAUGUUUUUUACGAAAUUGUGAAAUUACGGAAACAGAUGGCCCUCGCAAGACUUGGCUAUGUCUGAAAGCCAUGUUUACACGAGGCGUAACUGUGAUUUACUUCUGCAAUGGGUUGUGGCCCUUUGAUACAGACCACACUGCAUUUAUCUUCCACUCUCCGCAAGAGUUAUCUGAUCAUAACUUACCUCAGUAUGAUUGCCUGACGUUAUGUGAAAACAAGUCGUAGUUGAACGUAUGGAAAUGUUUUGAGGAUUCUUCUUAUACUUCUCCUUUCAAAUACUAUGCAGAGCUCUCACUAGGGCAGCGUCACAUGUGAAUUAUGUACACGGUCAUUGUGAAGCGUGAAACUCGUAGAUUUUUUUUUAUAAAAGCGUGAGUAAAUAUAGCUGUACCCAGCUAGUGGCGGCAUCCAGCUCUUACUUAAAGGCGUACAAGGUUGGGGCUGUAACGACAAUCUCUGGCAGCUGAUUGCACAGAUGAAAAAUACCCUCCUUAGUACACAGACAAUUAAGCUUCAUUUUAGUGGAACUUGAGUGUUUAUAUCGGGUGGAACUUUAAACUGAUAGCGAAUAUCAAGUUUGAAGCAUGGAACGAAACUCUGCUUUAUAACAUAAACACAGUGCAGCAAAGUGAAAUACAGUGUAGCUGUUAUUUUGUCAACUUUUUGUUUGAAAAUUUCACUGCGCGCUUGGUACGGAAAACUGCUAAAUAUCAAAAUCACAGUGUGCAGCAAAGUGGAAUACAGCGUUAUUUUGUCAACUUUUUGUUUGAAAACUUCACUGCCCCAGGAAUUCACCAAGCAGGCGAUCUAGUAUAGAAUCAGAGCAUUUUUGGCCCCUUUGUAGACCAUUGCAUUUUUUAAAUUAUUUUAUUACCAUCCCGUACAUGUUGACUGGCAUUUUAGCAGUAAUAACUCAUACCAAGUUGUCAUUUUUUUUCUAAAUUUUACUGAAUUGAAGGGUUUUAUAUGAAAGUAACUAAUGUUAUUUAAUUUUCAUGUUGAAAUUCAAUAAGGUGUUUUUCCCCAUUAAAGCUUUGAACACCCCUGGCCCCAAUUUCUCGAAACUUCUUAAGUUUAACAGGCUUAAGUAGCUUAUUUCAAUUAGCCAAAAUACAUACUUAAAUUGAAUUUUGAUAAAUGAAAAAUGGUUUAUUGUGAUAAUCAUAUUGAUAAUUCCUAUCUAAAGCAUAAAAAUUCUUAAAGAAGUUAAUAUUAUGCAAUUUAUUGAACACCAAAAAUAGUGAGCUUAGCUUAAUCCUGUUAUAAGGGACUUAAGAAGUUUCGAGAAAUCGGGGCCUGAUUCAUAAAUCGGUUACUAUUCCGUACUGGAUUGCACUUCGCAUAAAUUUUAGAAUUGGCAUCCCUGCCAAGGUUUGAGAUGAUUAUUUUUAUAAUCACAAUUCCAUUGCUCUUUAAGUUUCUUAAUUUGAUCAGAAAUAGCAUUGUAAUGACGAAUAAUGUAUUUCAUAUGAUAUGUUUCAUAACUGAUAUCAAAUAUUAAAAAAACUCAUUAGGCUUAAAAAAGGGGUUUGUUUUUAGUUACAGCAAGGAAAUGAUAUUGUUAGGUAGACAGGAUUUGAAUUUAUUAUUAUUUUUUAUUUGAAUUGCAAACAGUUGAAUUUAUAAUAAUUUUUCGCAUUUCAGCUCAAAUUUAACAUUCAUAUUUUAUUUUUUGACUGCAAAUCUCGUUAAAUGUUUUUUGAACUUUAUAUAUUUUUUGCAGUAGGAGAUUUAAAAAAAAAUAUCAUUGACUAAGUAACCAGAAACAAACGCCUUUUAAAAGGCCUUUAUAAGGAUUACGUAACUGAUUUUAAGCAGUAGAGAUUGUUAAAUAAAUCAAAAUCAUGAAAUACACCCACCUUUUUACUGAUGUGUGCCUUCCGAACCAUUCCAUUAUUGUUUGAUUUAUGAUUUUAUUUCUUUUUGUCUGGAGUUUCUCCUUUCACUAGGAGAAGAAAAAUGACGCUUGAACAAUUUAUUAAUAAAAAUGAAGUGGAGCAAUUAUUUGAUUAAUUUGUUAAAUGUUAAAAAAUUUUUUUAAAGAAAUGAAAUAAUUUUUGUGAUUACAAAAUUUAAUUCCACAAAUGUUCUUGAAAUAUUUUGUUUUUGUAUUUAAUGCAAUUAAAUUUGGAGUGUUAAAUAUAGAGUAUUUGACAUCACAAAAAGCGGACUGGUUCUUAAAUUUUCCUUGUUGGUUUCGGAAUAUGAUUGUAUGCAAAUGAAAUUCAGGAAGAAAAACUUUUUUUACAUUCUUUUCUUUGUUCUUUUAUAUGAAAAUAAAUAUUUGUUUGAGAUAAACAAAAUACUGUUAAAGGAACCAUUGUGUCUAUCAUGUUUAUGUAUGGGAUAAUUGUUUGUUUUAGUGUAAGAUAGCAAUAUAUUUCACCCAAUGAGCACCCAAAGCAGGUCAUUUUUUUUGGUGCAAUUUACUGCCUUUUAAAGGCAAAAUCUUGACAAGACUUAGUCUUUCACAGCAUAAUGUGUGCAUAAAAAAGUAAAAAAAAUGUAUAUUUGCCAUUACAUUAGCUGUUUUGGCCUGAUUUUGUAUUUUCCCCAAAGUAGUAGCAGUAAAAAUAAUUCCAAAAAAAAAUCCCUGAAAGCUAUGGUUCAAAAGUGGCUUGGCCUUAAGUGAAUUUACUUUUGGAACUCAUGAGGUGAACUUUAUCGCAAUCUUACAUUGAAAUAUUUUUUUUAUUUCAUGCUUAUUACUUCAUAAACAAAAAUUAAUUGUUAUUUUUUUGAUAAAUAAUUAACUCUUAUUAUAUUGAUAAAUCGAGGCAAGAUUUAGUCAAAUAGCAUUAAGCAUCAUACUGGAAAUGAUGUCAUUCAGAUUUUUCCUCUAAGCACUAUGGGAGUUAAUGUUUGUUUUUACGGAUAAAACCACAGGGGCAGGGUGCGUUAUUUUGAGGCAUGUUUCAAAACAACGCACCCUGCCCCUGUGGAUAAAACCUGCUAAAUUAGCAGCUCAUGUGAGAGAAACAGUGAAAUUAUAUUUUUGAUAAACUCACUGUGUCAAACAGUGAGUCAACCAGGAUAUUUUUCAUCCUUAUUUUUUUAAAAAGUGUGGAAAAAGCAUGAAAUAAAAUGUUAACUAUUAGACGUUCCGUUAUGUGCUAUAUUGUAUUAUGUUGAAACUUAAAAAAAUGUUUGUAAUGUAAGGGAAAAAAUAUAUGGGAUAAUCAAGUGUUUAAUGUAUUAUUAAUUUAAAUGUGAAUACACACUUGGCUGAUUGUUCAGAACUCUGUUAAAGUUAACAACAUUGUUAACAGCAUCAUUGUUAACUUUGUCAAAAAGUGAAAUAUUUUAUGAUAUAUGAAUGACACAUUAGUACAGCUGAAAUAGUUGUCUCAAAUCUUGUUUUAGAAAAACAGGAGAUCACAACUGCAUCCAUGAAAGUUUAAGAGAAAGUAAAGGUUUAAAAGACAAAAAUGACGAUGUUAACAAUGACUUUAAUAAAGUUCUGAAGAAUCAGCCCAUUGAUGAUAAAAAGUAAUGGUUUAACAUGUGCAAUAUUUAAAUAAACUUAUUGGUGUUUACAUAGCAAUAAAAAUACAUGUAUCUAUAUCUAUAUAUUUUUGAUAGUAUUAAACUUAAGUGAUUGAAGAUUUCAGUUACAUUAAUAAUAUCUACUUACCAUCAUUCUUGUCUAAAAGUUAUUAACUUGUGGCAUUGUCUGUGAAAAUGAGUGCUUCUGAGGUAUUCAAUUUAACAACAUAGCCAAGAGAUAAGAUUACAAAACAAAAUUAUAACAACGGGUAAAAUUAAAUUAAAGAUAUGUUUAUAUAAUUUGAUUGCCUUCUUACAAGCUCUGUGAGUGCGCGCCGUCCACUGCGCAGACGAGAAAGCAGCUUCAGGGACUGUGUUUAAUGCGCUGUAAGUGUGGACAUUGGAUGCUGGAUUGUCCAGUCAAUACAAGCCAGCUGAACAAUAAGCAAAACCUUGCGAAACAAAUAAAAAAUCAGUUUUUCCUUAACAGGAGUUUACCGACCAUGACUCGUAUUAUUGCCUUUUUUAACAGGGUGCAAAACCUCGUAAAAACAAAAAUAUCAUAUUCUCCCGAACAUACGUUAUUUUUUUGCCAACCAUGUCACAUAUGAUUGCCUUUUAGCGUGGUGUAAAACUUUGCAAAAAAUUCUGAAACAUAGGUCAUUCUUUGCCGACCAUUUGGCAUAUGAUUGCCUUUUGCAAAACCUUGCAAAAAAUGAAAAUGCAAAAAUUUCCUCAACGGGACCCAUUUUCACUGACGACAUCACAUAUGAUUAUAUUCACAUAAUGUAUUAACCCUAACGAUUUGAGUCACUCAUAAAUUAUCAUUAGUGUUGGAAGUUAUGCAAUUGGUAAAUUUUACCUUUCAUUAUUGUUAUUAAGUUAUUUUCAUUAUCUCACAGAACUGUUUUCAAUGGUCAAAUAAUAUUAUUGAAUAUUUGAACAUUUAUUUUAAAUUGGGUUGAUUGUUCAGAACAUUGUUAACGUUAACAACGUUGUUUAUUGUUGUUAAGUUUUAAAGGUGAACUAAUUAGUUUGAUGGGUUCAUAUAUUUUAUUCAAAGAAUUACAGCUGAAUUAGUUUUCUCAAAUCACAUCUAAAAACAGCGAGUCACAUAUAACACAUAAAACUCAAAUAACUUUCAGAGUAUUUAAAAUUUGAAAGUUAACAAUGAUGAUGUGUAAAAAACUAUGAAUUGUUAAUGAAUGAAUGAACACACAAAUGAUUUUGCCUUGAUUGUAUUUUUGCAAAAUGUGGUGCCAAUUAUAACAAUAGAUAUAUAUAGAUAUAUACAUACUCAUUCUCUAUUUUUGUAUUUUGAAAAAAAUAUUUUUACAUAAAUUUAUUUUUGAUGCAUCAUAUUGGUCAAGCUGUUUCAUAUUUCAUCUUUUUACAUAACAAUCAUUGGUAUGUGAUUUUUUUUGAAAGCUUCAUUUAAGACUAUUUCGGAACUUAAUGAGUAGAUUGUAAUAAAAAGGUAAAAUGCAUUUUUUACUAAACCUAAAAUUUCAUGACUUUUUAAACUCAAAGCAUUUGAAAAUAUUUAUCAGUGAAACAUCUUUGGCUGUAACAUUUCACUUUUAUUUUUAGUUGAUAUGAAAUUACUGGAAUUCUGUAAAUUGCUGUCCUUUUGUGACAAGGCUUUUGGGCAUUACUAUUGUAUUGUAUUUUCACUUCAUUACUUGGGUAGUAGCUUCAGUAUUUACUGAACAAUUUUAUCAAUUUCAUUUAAAAUAAAAUAAAUUUUAAUGGUACGUGUAUGUAUUUGUUACUUCAAAUUAUCAUUAAAAGACAUUUAGUACCGCAAUCAAAUAUGAUGUGUGUAUGCUCUUCAGAAAUUUUGGAUAUUUAUCUCCGAGUCAAACCUUUUUUAUUUUUAUAAUAUUUAUAAUUUAUUUUUGCCCUAAUUUCUUAAGCAAUCUUAGUCCUAAUUGGGUAAAAUUUAUGUAAAAUUAUCGUUUAAACAGAGUUUUGAGACUUUAUAAGAAAUUAUUUUAAUCAUUAUAGUUGUCAUCAAGUAUUAUGUUUUUACAAUUAAUUUUAAGUAAUGGUUGAAGGUUGUUAGUAUGUACUUACAGAAAUAAAUGGUUUGAUGCAAUGAAAUUGCAUAACCAUUUAUUUCAUGUAAGUAAUUACUUAAACAACCUUUUAUUUUUUUAGUGGUCCACAUUUAAUUGUGUAAAUAACCUACUAAAUGGGUCAAAUGCCUGUUAUAUCUAAGGCUUUAUCUGGUUUAAAUUAAUAACGGCUGACUGUUGAUUUACUGAAAGAAAUGUAUUGGAAAACUUGAGAAAUACUGCCCUCUCAUUGGACAAAAUAAAAUGUUGACCACUAAUGGAAUUAAAUGCAAAGAUUGUUUGAGAAAUUGUGGCCACACCUAUAUGUAUUGGCUUUCCACACACCAACAGCUAAAUUUGAAUACUUUAUAUGUAUUUUUCACAAUACUGUUUAAUAAAGAUAUACAUAAAAAUCAUAAAUUACUAUCAAAAUAUACACGCAAAUCAUAAAUAACUAUAAUGUUAACCCAUAUUAUGUUAACGAAACUUGUUGUGAUCCUCAAACAUUGUUAUAUAAAUCAGGCUUUCCAGUGGCUCUAAAAUCCUAGUCCAGAAUACACCAUUUAAUACUACAAUUAGCCAAAAUUUUCUUGGGGGUGGACCAGCACCACCUCCCCUCACACACACUAUUUGGGGGAUAACUGUUCCGGGGCCAAGUAACCCCCUUUCUUAUAUCAAAACCUGGACCCACCCAUGCACACCUGUUCAGAUUGAACUUUGAAGUACCGUAGUUUCCUUGUUUAUACAUGUACAAACAUCACAAACAGGUACGGGGAAGGGAGCACCAGCCCCAAGCCCCAGGUAUUCAGAGGUAAAUGAUUCCUUAAACGGGCCUAUUUUUUCAAAUGCACCUAAAAAUCCUAUUUUUUUCCAUACAUGUUGUUCAGAAUAGCCCUAACAGUAGCCCCUUAUGUAUUGCCAGAAGUUGCUGGAAAGCCUGUUGAUUCUAAUAAUAUAUACCGUUAUAUGCUGUUAUGUACAUAAACAUGCCUUACUAAAUUUGCCAUUUGCAUUUGUGUGUGUUAACUUGAUCUUUUGAAAUGUGUGUUUUGUUUUUAUGCAGAUUAAACAAAACAUUAAAUAAAAUCUUGUUGAAUA